UCCAGCAACGAGUGCCAUAGAGAUGGCUGAAUUAUUCUCAGGAUGCCGCCCAAGCAAAAUCACAAAACUAGACCUUAGCUCAAAUUUCAUUCUUCCUGCUGAACUGCUGGAGUUCGCGCAGCUGCUGGAAACAUACAGGCCUGUUCAGCGGCUGACGCUUGACCUGCGCUUUAAUCCACUGGAUCGUGACCCUGAGGUCAAAGGUCAAGCGCUGCGAAAGCUCAUCCCAUACUGUAAUAUAUUAACAGAUGACUGGGACUCCAGGUCGACGAUGGCAGAUCACAUCAGUGUGAUGUGACAAAAGCGUUUAGCUGCCCUUCUAAAAGACAUUUGCAA